AUGGAGGACGAGCUCAUCCAGAUCUUGUCCAACACGCAGCAAGCGGAUGCCGGCAUCCGCAAGGCUGCUGAGCUCGAGCUGAAGCGCAACAACCUCAAUCCCGCCUUCCCGCAGGCUCUCGCCAACAUCGCCUCGCACGCUUCGGUUGACACCAAGGUCCGCCAGUCCGCCCUUUCUACCCUGCGUCUGUUCAUCGAGGAGAACUGGGCCCCAGACCCCGACAAUGAGGCGCCUCAAGUUCCCAUCCAGCCCGAGGCCCGGAUUCAGCUGCGGGAAAGUCUGCUCAAGCUCGCCAUCAUUGGCGACGAGGAUCGGAGGAUCAAGAUCGCUGCUAGCUACGCCGUUGGCAAAAUUGCCAUGAAUGACUUCCCCGAACAUUGGCCAGACCUCCUCCAGAAGACGCUCGCCGUCAUCCCUGCCGGCUCCGACACGCAGCUCUACGGCGCCCUACGAGUUCUCGGCGACCUCAUUGAGGAGAAUCUUAGCGAGGACCAGUUUUUCUCCAUGGCCCGCGACAUUGCCCAGACGCUGACCGAAACCGCCCUCAACGAGAAUCGACGACCGGCCCUACGCGCGCUCGCCAUCUCCAUCUUCCGCUCCUGCUUCGAAAUGAUGGAUAUGAUCAAGGACGAACACGGCAAGGAAGUCAAGGCAUUUGCAGAGGAGCUUCUGAAGCAGUGGAACCCAUUCUUCAUCACCGUGCUCAAGACGCGGCUACCAGAGGCGGAUCUCAGCGGUGGCCAGCAACCCGAGGCGUGGAACGAUCUCAUCACCCUGAAGCUGCAGGUGGCCAAGACCCUUAUUAGGAUCCGCCGCGUCUUCCCGUCUCUGCUGCUUCCACAGAGUACUGCCCUGUUCUCAGCCGUGUGGGAGGAAUUGAAUCUGCUUCAGGACGCUCACUCGCUGCUGUACAUUGACAACGACGCCCAGGGCCGCCUGGAAAAUGCCGACCAGCUGCCGUACACCCUCGACUUCCUCAUUCUGGAAGAGCUCGACUUUCUGAACCAGUGCUUCCGAGCCGAGCCUGUCCGAGCCGAACUCGAUGUGCAGCUCAAGGCGCAUGCCUCUGGCGCGGACGUGCCGUGGAUGAUCGAGAUUGUGCGCAUGCUGGUCUCGUACGCGAGGAUAUCGCGCGAAGAGGAGGAGCUCUGGGACAUUGACUGCUCGCUUUUCUUGGCGGAGGAGACGUCGGUCUCGGCAAAUUACACCGCCCGCGUCGCGGCCAGUGAUCUGCUCAUCAAGAUGGGUGAGUGGUUCGACCAAAAGACUGUGGAGGCCCUUUUCGCCUUCACCAAGACUCUAUUCCCCGGCGACGGAUCAGCUUCUUCGUGGAGGAACCAGGAAUCUGCACUGUUCCUCUUCGUCAUGCUGGAGAGUGACCGACAAGACCUUGAAAAGGGUCUCCCAGCUCCGAUCUCCGCUUCGUACCUUGAACUAGUCGACUUUGCCAUUGACCGUCACGAGGAACCUCUUCUCCGUGCCAGAGGCUAUCUUGUCGCUGGGAUGCUGUGCCGCGCCAUCGAGCUGCCGGAUGUGUUGCUGGAUCGCACCAUCGCCUCCAUUGUGCAAGAGGAGGCCGAGGUUGUUCAGGUCUCCUGCAUCAAGGCAGUCGAGGGUUUGAUUAAUGCUGAAAAGGUCACAGUCGACAAGCAGAUCCCCAUCAUCAAGGCCAUAGAGCAGUACAUGAGCGGCAAGGAUCCCGAGGAGAUGGAGUCGGCAGACGAGCUCCUCGUCACGCUCAGCGAGGCGCUUCGUGCCGCCACCCGUCUGGACUGCCGCGUCGCUCUGUCCAGCGAUGUACCCUCGAUCGACUUGCUUUUCCUCCUGGCCAGGACCGGUGCCAGCAACUUCCAGGUUACUAUGAUGAUCUCGGAAGCCUUGGAGGAGAUUGUGCGAAGUCUGUCAGGAGCCGAGGCCUACGCCGCGCUGUGCAGCAAGGUCUUGCCCACGCUGAUGGGUGCUUUCGAUGUGUCUAGGAUCACGGACGAUAGCCCUCUCGUCACCGUCGCCGUCGAGCUGCUGGAGGUUCUGACGCAGCAUGCCUGCGAGCCUCUGCCUCCCGGCUUUGUCUCCGCCGUGUUCCCCAAGCUCACCCAGGUGCUGAUGGAGUCGAACGAGGGAGACGUGCUGCGGCCGGCGGCUGAAAGCGCGAAAUGGGUCCUGCAGCACGACCACCAGCAAGUAUUCGAGUUUGCCGAUGAGAGUGGGCGAUCGGGCCUCGAGGUUUGCCUGCACGUUAUUGACCGUCUGCUCGGACCUACGAUCGAAGAUAACUCCGCCACGGAGGUCGGCGGGUUGGCCGCUGAGCUAGUCGAGAAGGCCGGACACGACCGUCUCGGCCCAUUUCUACCACAGCUCCUGCAGGCUGUUGCCAGCCGUCUCGCGACCGCACAGGCGGCGCAACUCAUCCAGUCGCUCAUCUUGGUGUUUGCCCGUCUUUCCCUGAACACUCCCAAGGAGGUCGUGGACUUCCUGGAUUCAGUCCAGAUCAAUAGCCGGAAUGGAUUGCAAGUUGUCAUUCCAAAGUGGCUCGAGAACUCGGUCAACUUUGCCGGGUUCGAUGAGAUCCGCCAAAACGUCAUCGCCCUCUCCAAGCUUUUCACGCUGAACGACCCUCGCCUGGCACAGAUUCAGGUCAAGGGUGAUCUUGUUGUCAGCAACGACACGCGAAUUAAGACACGCUCGCGAUCGAAACAGAACCCAGACCAAUGGACGCAAGUACCAGCGCAGGUGAAAAUUAUUAAGCUGCUCAUUGAGGAGCUGAUGCUCGCGUCGGGUCACAAGUCUGCCGCCGACAUUGCCUCGGCCGCCGUCGGCGGUGAGCUGGACUCGGACUCUGACGACGAGGGCUGGGAGGACGACGAUGACGCGCUGGAUCUCGGGCUCGGCACAACAAAGGCCGAUCUCAUGUCCAUCCUGGACGGCCCUGGCCGUCGCUACCCCGACAACGAAACGAACAAAUAUUUGACAGAGUUCUUUAUGCGAUGCGGCACGGAGAACCUCGCCAACUUUAACGACGUAUAUGUAUACCUCAACGUGGAGGAGCAAAAGAAAAUCCACGAUGUGGUCAACAGCCAGGUGCAGUAA